AUUUGUCCAAUAGCAACUAUUGUUUUCGUUGCAAAACGCACCUGUUUUGACUGACGAUUACCCUGGACUGUAAAAGACUGGGGACGCACUGCAACCCCAACAAGCGAGUUCAAAGCACAUCACAUUUCAGAUGCAAAACUGGGCAAGCCACGACUCAUAUCAUGGUAUAGAAUGAGGUUGCAUUGACCCUGCUAGUACUAGCCCAGUAGCCUAGCAUCGAGGUGGAGGCUGGGUCACAGUGAUCAGUAACCCGUCUAGGAGCCUCGACUCCAGGCUAGCCAGCCUGCCAGCGGAGGGAGGGGGCCUGGUCCUGGAAUGGCCUGGUGAGCUGGACCGCCUAGCAGCAGAGGAAGGUUUGUGAUGAGCGGGAAGAGCCUGCUGUUAAAGGUGAUCCUGCUGGGGGACGGCGGCGUGGGGAAGUCUUCCUUAAUGAACCGCUACGUCACGGACCGCUUCGACUCCCAGUCCUUCCACACCAUCGGGGUCGAGUUCCUCAACAGAGACCUGGAGGUGGACGGGCGCCUGGUGACCCUUCAGAUCUGGGACACGGCGGGUCAGGAGCGCUUCAAGUCCCUGAGGACGCCGUUCUACCGUGGCGCCGACUGCUGCCUCCUCACCUUCGCUGUAGACGACCUGCACAGCUUCCAGAACCUGGCCAGCUGGAAGAAAGAGUUCAUGUUUUACUCUGACGUACGAGACCCAAAGAGGUUCCCCUUCGUUGUUCUGGGCAACAAGGUGGACAAAGAGGGGAGGGAGGUGGGGGAGGACGAGGCUCAGGCCUGGUGCGAGGAGAACGGCUGUUGUCCCUACUUCGAGACCAGUGCAAAGGACGAUACGAACGUGGGAAUGGCGUUUGAGGCAGCGGUACUGGAGGUUCUGGCGGCGGAGGAUCAGAUCGACCACACAAUGUUGAGUAGCACUAUCGAUCUCCACGGCAACCGUAAAGUAACGCGCUCUUCUUGCUGCUGAUUGGUUGAAAGGAUUGGUCGGAGCUAGCCCCUC